AUAUGCAAGCUCAGCUCUGCUGGAGACACACAGCAAGUUCGUUCCUCCCAACUAGAUUGCUUCCUUCCCCAGCCGAGAAGACCACAAAGUUCAACAAUGGCCAUCACUGACAUCCUUUCUGCUAAAGAUAUUGAAUCCGCUCUCUCCAGCUGCCAGGCUGAUGGUAGCUUCAACUACAAGUCUUUCUUCUCCACGAUUGGUUUACCCAGCAAAACUCCUGAUCAGAUAAAGAAAGUUUUUGCAAUCCUCGAUCAGGACAACAAUGGUUUCAUCGAGGAAGAAGAGCUUCAUCUGUUUCUGAAGAAUUUCUCUUCAACUGCCAGAGCCCUCACACCCGCAGAGGUAAAGGACUUUCUGACUGCAGGUGACUCUGAUGGUGAUGGCAAAAUUGGAGUGGAAGAAUUUCAAUCUAUGGUGAAGGCAUAAACAGCAUCAGACCAAAGGCAGCCUUGGACUGACUCUUCCAAUUACCUCGUCCAACAAGCACUUCACACUCAGCAUGUGUUUGUACAUUUUUGUAUUGUUUCAGGCAUUAACAACCCCCCAAGUUCGCACACCAGAUCGCUGAGAAAUCUUGCAAUGUACAGAUGUUUGGGUCAUGUGGUAUUGUUACAUUUCCAUUGUAAAGAAAGCACUUUGUGAUUUUCAACCACUCAUAAUGUUGAAAUUGUGGCUGGAAAAUGGGAAGAAAAAAAAUAAAACAAAACAAAUAACUUGGGGGAGGGGAAAGCUGCUUUUAAAAUUUUGUUUAGGUUUCCAUCCUCAUACUUGACUAUGCUGACUCACCAGACACAGUUCUGACGAUCUUAAACAAUAUGUCAUCUUUUAAGGCUUAAUUGUAGUGAUUUCAUUGAGUUUUAUUUCUACUUAAUUCUCUGAUUCUUAAGGAAAAGUGAUGCUAACAAGAUAGCUAAAGCUAAUGCAUAUUAAGACCCAACCCUGAGAAUGUGAGAAAAAACUUAAGAGGAGCUGCCACAUAGCUCAAAACAUGGAAUAUGUUUCUGGAUAAUUUUACAAAAGUAAGUACUAGGCUACAGCAUGUAUCAUUGGAAAGUGUUUAUGGCCUAAAAUGUAACUCUCCCUUAAGAAGAUUUAUCUUUCGUGAAAUCUAAGGCAGCUGCUAGAUAGAGGAGAAGGGUCUAAUCCUAACUCUGACACUGUCUUAAGUCACAGUCCCCUGACAUGGGCCACAGGCCUGGAGGUUUCUCUGUGAAUCAUGAAGAUGUUGCUUAUUAUCUCUUAAUAUGUACAAAACAAUGGUACUUUGCCACAUUUGUGAAUUUCUCUGUUUCCUGCAGAUGAAACAACAGCCAGUCUUGCUGUUUGGAUUACCUUAAAGCUCUGUUACAUUGCUGAAUAAUGGCCAUUACUCAAUUCUUUAACUUAUUAUAUGAAUAAUCAUCUAUACAACCCAUAAUAUUAGCAUUUUUCUUAAGUGUGAAAAUUACUAAGAACUAGUCUUUCCUUUGAUAAGUGUCUUACAGGAUUCAGAGCCAGUUAUAACAUUGUCUUCA